GUUGUCAAGAGAGAAGGCAGUGGGACAGAGUCUCCGAUGAUAGGUGAUAAAGUGACCGUCCAUUACACAGGAUGGCUUCUUGAUGGCACAAAAUUUGACUCCAGUCUGGACAGGAGAGACAAAUUCUCAUUUGACUUGGGGAAAGGUGAGGUGAUCAAAGCAUGGGACAUUGCUGUGGCAACUAUGAAGGUUGGUGAAAUCUGUCGGAUUACAUGUAAACCAGAAUAUGCCUAUGGCUCGGCUGGGAGCCCCCCAAAGAUACCUCCGAACGCUACACUGAUUUUUGAGAUAGAACUUUUUGAGUUCAAGGGGGAGGACCUCACUGAUGAUGAAGAUGGUGGCAUCAUCCGAAGAAUCCGUAAAAAAGGGGAAGGCUACUCCAAGCCCAAUGAGGGUGCACUUGUAGAGAUCCAGUUUGAAGGCCGAUAUGGAGAUCGUGUUUUUGACAGGCGGGAAUUGCGGUUUGAGAUUGGAGAAGGUGACAACUAUGAUCUUCCUCAUGGUCUGGAGAAAGCAAUUCAAAAAAUGGAGAAAUCGGAGGAAUCUGUGUUCUAUCUCAAACCCAACUAUGGUUUUGGAAGUGCUGGGAAGGAGAAAUUUCAGAUCCCUCCUGAUGCAGAGCUACAGUAUGAAGUGAAACUCAAAAGCUUUGAAAAGGCUAAGGAGUCUUGGGAAAUGAACACAGAUGAGAAGCUGGAACAAAGCUGCAUUGUGAAGGAGAGAGGCACUCAGUACUUCAAGGAGGGGAAAUACAAACAGGCAGCAUUACAGUAUAAGAAGAUUGUGUCGUGGCUGGAGCAUGAAUCAGGACUCUCCAAUGAGGAGGAAACGAAAGCCAAAAGCUUGAGGCUUGCUGCCCACCUUAAUCUAGCUAUGUGCCAUCUCAAGCUGAAGGAAUACUCCCAGGCUUUGGAGAACUGCAACAAGGCACUCGAAUUGGAUAGCAACAAUGAAAAAGGCCUCUUCCGGCGUGGAGAAGCGCACUUGGCUGUCAAUGACUUUGAAUUGGCCCGGGGAGAUUUCCAGAAAGUGAUACAACUUUAUCCAAGUAACAAAGCUGCCAAAGUGCAACUGGUAACUUGUCAGCAAAAAAUACGGGAGCAGCAUGAGAAGGAGAAAAAGAUGUAUGCCAACAUGUUCCAAAGGCUUGCCGACAAAGACUUAAAGUCAGCUGCUAAUCUUCAAACCAGCCACACUGAAGAUGAAGAAAUGAAAGAUGAACAGAAUGGAGUUGAAGAUAAAUCAGAAGUUGACACAGAAGCAUAAAAACAAACCCUAUUCCAUUAGUUUUGUAAAUGAAAGAAUUUCCAGUGAAUUAGACCUUUAUUUUUCUACCUGGUUGGACAGUGGCUUCAGGGCAGCAGAGGCUGAAGCCACCAUGCCACAGUCAGUUACAGCUUUAUAUGUCUGUUGAAGAAGCUGAGUGGCAGCAUAAAUCUGGUUUAAUCCUAGGGACUUUAUUUAUUCAUUCAGCCUCUGUUACUGUUUGGGUUCUGUCUGGAUUUACUCUGCUUGGUUUAUUUGCAUUUUGCCAUUGGUGUUUGUCUCUUUCUGGUUCCAGCUCACUUUAAUCCCAGGUUCUGCUCCCUAAAUUUAGUUCCUUGAUUUCUUUCAAGUAAUCAGGCUUUUCCAGGAGUCCUCACAUGAGACUUGAGAACAAAUUGGCGCUCCCAGUUCUUCUGCCUUGGCAUUGCCCCCUUUCCCCCUGUUCAGUAGGGAGUCCCUUCCAUUACGUGUUGUAACCUUUCUUGUAUGCCUCCUCUUUGCAAAUUGCUGAAGGUGAAGACUGUGAAGUCACAGCUUAAGUAAUAAAGCUCCAAUUAAACUCAAGAAAACAGAACUUUUCGUGGGUUUUUAUUGGAAUUUGCACAGAAUGGAGAGAAUUUACUGUCCUUUGGUCAUUCAGCAUUUUCUCAUCCACAUAGCUGUACAGUAGCCACAGUAUCUGAUUAUUUUUCUAUGUUGUUCAUUCACUGCCAUAGAAAAUUCCCACAAUAAUCGAUACAGUAUUUACCCAUGUAUUUGCAAAAGGAAAAAAAAUACGUUGCUGAAAAUUGUACAAAAAGCAAGUCUGUAACCUAUGCAUAGAGCUUAUUUUCUGUUCAUAUUGCUACCUUCCUCUUCACCCCCUACAUUGUAAAACUGGACCAGAAAAAAGCCAUUUAUUUAUACCUGAAAGUGACUGGCUUUGAAGAGAAAAUAAGUGAUAAUGGUUUAACACAUUACAAAUACUUGUAAUUCCUAGUGAACUACAAACUUCUGAGUGAUUCUAAUGUUUGCUUAUCCCCAUCUCACAAGAAAGCUAUUGCUUGAUAUUCUGCUUCUUUCUGCAGUAUGUUGUGUGUGGUGUUUGGGAGUGGGUAUGCUUUUGGGUUUUGUGUGGGCUUUUUGUUGGGGUGUUUGUUUUGUCUGUCUGCAGGCAUGGAACAUAGUACUCAAACUCACCUUCUCUGUUUAUCCUGUUAUGUAGUGUUAAACUCAGCAUCUCCACUGUCCUGUUCUGAGACCCUUUAGCAGCAGGGACACUUCUUUGCCUGCUCUGCAGGAGGAAGGUGGAUAAUCUGUUCCUUUCAGAUACAAAAAUGGAUUUUUUUUGCAGUGAGAAAGAUGUCUUGUCUUGGCAUGGGGUGGGCUGGAAUUAUGUGUAUAUUGCAGAGGGUAUUCCUGUUUUAACACGAAUGACGUCUGAAAUCUUAGUUUGAAUUCCUGGUCUCCUUUGCUGAGACAGAAGUACUGUACAAGCAAUUAUUCAUGAGGUUCUUAUGGGCUGGGAGGUUGCCAGCAUCUGGCCCUGCAGGAGCACCAGCUCGGGCCUGGCAGCUGUGUAACUGAACUGUCACCGAAGUGGUAAGGCGUGCUUGACAUGCUGUCCAGGCCCAAGACAAGUUCACUACCGGCUGCUGGGCUGGAGCUAGCUCGGGGAGCUGUGAACUGUGCUGCUCUCUGCGUGGUGUAACAGUGCCCUAAGCUUCAGUGGGGUGAGGGAGGGAUAGGAGACGCAGGAUAAAGUGCUUGGUGGUAGGUCAUCAUGUUUAAGGAAAUGCUGAUUUGAUUCGCUUAGCAAAAUCUUAGCGUUGCCAGGUAAUGCAGGUGCUUUUCAUGAGUUCUGACUCUCAAUAGUAUCAGCCCUGUGUAUGUGAAAACUGUUUCACCUUGUACCAAGCCAUGACUAACCUCUAAGGGGAGUGUUACAGACAGCUUACAACAAGGUGUGAAGAAUGUCAGCUGAAGUUACAAGAGGGGAUUUCCAGACACAGAACAACAGUAAGGGGAGCAGGAAUGUCAAGCAAGAGUUCUUUUUCUCCAGCAAGGAAAUACCUUGAUUUGUUGGGAAUUAUUACUGGAAAUACAAGCCCCUGUGGCUGAAACUCUUGUUGCUGUGAAAGUAAGUGUAGGGCCAGGUCCUAAUUAUAAAUUUCUAAUUCUUGAACAAUAGUUUUCAAAAAUCUCCCACAGGGAUGACAGUUCUUCAACAUGUUUUUGAAAGCAAGAAGUGAGAUUAUUUCUGUAGAGCAUCUAAAAAAUUCCUGGAGUUGAUGGUGGAUAUGUUAAGUGUGAGCAACCUUGAAAAUACCAUUUUGCCCUCAUUGUUACUACAUAACAAACUGAAAUGUUUAAGAAUGUAAAUCUAAGGACACUAAAUGAGCCCUGUUCAGGCAGCUGAAAGGAGGUUCUGUGCUGCCUUUAAAAAUGGGUCUAGUUGCCAGCAGAAGAUGGCAUACUAGUGUUCAUGAGUGAGGUCAUGCAUGUAAACUUCAAAUAUAAACUAUUUGUUAUGUCCUUAUAGAAAAAUGCUUAAAAUAAACGAUUACAAUAGUGACUUUGUAAACCACA